GUGUUCCCGCCCAUUUGUUAAGCUACAGUAGCCGCAUGACUCUGGACCGCACAUUCCGAUCAAAAAAGGUGGUGAAGCUUCCAGCAUACUCAUUUUAGUGUACGGAUGACACUUUGGACGGCACAUUCAGUUUCUUUUGAAGAAAGAAAAUUUAAUAAAGAAGUAAAUCCAAAAAAAAUCCAAAAAGGUAAAAUGGACCCUUGCCGACUCAGCAGCACAUCUUCGCCGGGAAGCAGAUCUUCGCCGGGAAGCAGCUUGAAGACGGGACCCUUGCCGACUACAACAUCCAAAAAGUCUACUCUGCAUCUGGUGUUGAGGCUUCCUGGUGGAAUUAUCGAGCAUGCUUUGAUGGGAGAACAUCUGCCGCAAUUCUCGAAAUUGGAACUCUCAAUUCAUCCUCUCUGUUGCCCGUUGCUUUAACUUAGCGUAAGGGACGAUGCCCAAAGAAAGGCCGCAUGUGAGCCAUGCUCUCUUUGUUUGUCAUUCGCUUGAGUCAACCGUUGAGGAUCAACAAGGGUUGUUCAAGAGCUUUCGACUGACCACAUAUGGAUUGCAAGCUUCUGAUGACACUAAAGGGGGGCACAACUAAUAUUCUGAAAACUUGACAUUGGGGAGUGAUGCCAAUCCAGUGAGGUCAUGUUCCAUGUACUCAAAACCAAGAUACAAGCUUCAAGAUGUUAUUGAGAGUCUACUUUGCAUCUGGUGUUGAGGCUUCGUGGUGGAAUUAUCCAGCCGUCUUUGAUGGCAUUGGCUAUGAAGUACAAUGCCGUAAGAUCUAGGGUUCCAGGUUUUGAAGCUUUCUUUCUCCUGCAUUAAAUUGGGAGACAAUAUUGUAUCAAUUCUUUUCCCAAACAGAUGCCGCAGAGUAGGCCUCUAAAAUCCUCACCUAGAUAGCCAUUCCUCUUGCAAUUGUGGUUCAUUUUUUGUUGUUUCUAUUUAUGGAAUCAUCUUCACAAUGCCUUCCAAUAUCCCAGCACUUCGAUGGUGGACUGUUGCUGAGUUCAGCUGAAUUUGAAUGAAUCCAGCCUUGCAGUUACUUUUCACAUGAGAUACUGCAGGUUUGUACUCAACUCUGUUUUGAAUAUUUUGGUUGAAUUUUUUGAUGGAUUGUGAGCGAUUAGCGAUGCUCUUUCAGAAUAUGGUGUUGGAUUUUCAAUCCAAUCAAGAUUUCUUGGAAGU